UCGCUCUUCCCCCACUUCCAACAGACGAGGGCUCGUCGAAGAGAAUUGAGAGAAGGGGGGCGAAAUGGAGCGGCGAGGCGAGACGAUCGACGAGGAGCAGGGCCUUAUCGGCCCCCGUCCCCGCCCCGGCGGCGGAGGCGAAGGGGUUUCCGGCCGACGCACCUGGCCGACGGUGGACGGACCUCAUGGGCUGUCGGAAGAAGAGUCGGCCGCCUACGCCCGUAGCUACUUCUACUGGGGAUUCGCUCUCCUUCCCUUGCUCUGGGCCGUCAACUGCUGCUACUUCUGGCCCGUCCUGAGGAACUCUCAUCCCUCCCCUCACGUUCGCCGUUAUGUAAUGCCUUCCGCAAUUGGCUUUACGAUCUUCACUGUGCUCCUUGGUUCAUGGUCCCUUACAUUCUUAAUCGGAGGGGAGCAGCUUUUUGGUCCAGCAUGGAAUGAUCUUGUUAUGUACAACCUUGCAGACAAGUUAGGAUUGACGGGGUGGACAUAAGUGUGUGAUGAGAAAGUCUCAUUUGGUUUGUUCAUCCAUGCAGAUCAGAAGACUGCUUGCACUUUCUGUCUCACUUUUUAUCUACCUGGAUUCAGAUUCUUAUUUAUUGGUAUGUCAUUUAAAAGGUUUAUUAUAUUCAACUUGGAUAGAUAUAUCUUGUUUCAAAUUGGAAGUUGGAUCAAAUGUUUACUGGUCAGGUUUCCUGUGUUAACCAGUUGGCUUUACCAAAGAGUAAACAGGUAAUUAUCCCAACUUUCUGUAGCAAUUAGUGUCUCUUUAUUAUUACUUUUUCUCAUAUCUUA